AUGCAAAUCGUGUUCGUGUCGAGCGAGGUGGCGCCGUGGUCGAAGACUGGGGGGCUAGCGGACGUGUGCGGUUCUUUGCCGCAGGCGCUCGUCGCGCGCGGGCACCGCGUCAUGGUCAUCGCGCCCAAGUAUCAAAACGGCUCAAAGUCGGACGUUUUGUACGAAGGCGCGUUCGAUACGUGCGUCAAGGCGAAGCUCGGAUGCUUCGGUGGCGAACAAGAGGUGGGUUACUUUCAUCAAAUGAAGAACGGCGUCGAUUACGUCUUCGUCGAUCAUCCGUCGUUCCACCGCAAGGGUGGACUGUACGGAGAUUCGUACGGCGUGUACGGCGACAACCAGUUCAGAUUCACUUUGUUGUCCCACGCCGCGUGCGAAGCGCCGCUUCAGUUGCCAUUCGCGGAGUGCGGUGGUUAUUACGGACAAGACGUCGUCUUCGUCGCCAACGACUGGCACGCCGGUUUGGUACCGACUUUGGUGGCGUCCAAAUACCGUCCUCACGGCGUCUACAAGGAUGCGCGCACGAUUUGCGCCAUUCACAACAUUUUGCACCAAGGCGCGGAACCGUCGACGACGUUCCCGAACCUCGGCGUGCCGAACGAGUGGUACGGCGCGCUCGAGUACCAGUACCCCGAGCACAUGCGCGCGCACGAACUCGAUGAGGGUAGAGUGGUGAACAUUUUGAAGGGUGCGAUCGCGACGUCCGACCGCGUGUUGACCGUCUCUCAAGGGUAUGCGUACGAAAUCACCACCCCAGAAGGUGGUCAGGGCAUGGAAGGUUUGCUCUUGAGUCGCCAAAACCGCUUGGACGGCAUCGCGAACGGCAUAGACAUGGAUGAGUGGAAUCCGGAGGCGGAUGCGGAUUGUGCGGCGGCCUUUACGGUGACGGACAUGUCCGGAAAGCUCGAGUGCAAACGCGCGCUGCAGAAGGAACUGGGCUUGCCGCAACGUGACGACGUGCCAUUGAUGGGCUUCAUCGGACGUUUGGAUUGGCAAAAGGGUCCGGAUUUGCUCCAGAACGCGCUCCACGACAUGAUGCGCGAGGACGUCCAGGUGGUGAUGCUCGGCAGCGGUUUGCCCGAGCUCGAAGACUUCAUGCGUUGGGCCGAGAGCACGUACCCGGACAAGUUCCGCGGUUGGGUCGGUUUCUCCGUUCCCAUGGCGCACCGCAUUACCGCUGGUUGCGACAUUUUGCUCAUGCCUUCGCGCUUCGAGCCGUGUGGCUUGAAUCAACUCUACGCCAUGCGUUACGGUACGUUGCCCAUCGCGCACGCCACGGGCGGUUUGAAGGACACCAUCACCGCGUACAACGCGUUCGGCGACGCCGACAAGGUGUUGGCGGGCACGGCCGAUUACAAUCAGGGCGAAGGCGUCGGCACGGGUUGGUUGUUCAAAGACAUGAACGCCGAUGCUCUGAUGUGGGCCGUUCGUUCGGCGUGCGACGUGUAUCGCUCCGAACCGAAGAUGUGGCGAGCGAUGCAAACGCAAGCGAUGACGCAAGAUUUGUCCUGGGACAACGCCGCGACAAAGUGGGAAAAGGUUUUCGAGUGGUCUAAGAUCGACCCGCCGCACUGCGGUUAG